CGAGGUUCAGCCAGUCGCACAGUCUAUUUCAUUACCCGACGCCGUAGGCCCACCUCGACCCGUCCGAUCGAGCUAGGCCUUCUCGUUGACGUAUAUGAAAAGCCAGUACUCGUCUUCCUCUGCCCGACCUCCCAGCGACAAGCAGAGCGUGGCGAUGCAGAACAGCGAUGCGACGCGUCCGUCGGGCCAUCGCCGUGCGACCAAGAACUACUUCCAGCUCGAGUCCGACACGAAGCGCCAGAGCAUGAUGCAAGACGCCAACGACCGGUUUGGCAACCGGCUCUCGAUGAUGAACGUUUUGCCGCAGCAGGACCAGGCCGAGUUCCAAGACGAGCGCUCGAUCGACUACUGCUGUGAAGUGCUGCAGAACAAAUUUGGUCUCCAGGACGGGUCGGUCGACAACCAGCGCGAGCACGUGCUCCUUUUGCUGGCCAACUGCGCCGCGCGCGCCGGCACGGGCACGGCCGACACGCAGUACCACGUGCAGCUGCUGCACACGAAGCUCUUUGGCAACUACAAGGAGUGGUGCGGCUUUGUUGGCGUCAAGCCCGUCGCGUACGCCGAGCGUCUCUCGGGCACGCCGCUGACGUCGCCGCUGCACAUGGAUCUCAUGCUCUACUUUCUUAUUUGGGGCGAGUCGGCCAACUUGCGGCACAUGCCCGAGUGCCUCUGCUACUUGUACCACCAGAUGCUCUCGGCGCUCCUUCAGGACGACCAGCACCAAGAGCGCCGUCCGCAGCAGUGGUUCCUCCAAGCCGUGGUCCGCCCGAUCUGGAAGGAGUGCUCGGUUAUGCAGAAGAAGAACUCGCUCGGUCUGCACUACGAGCACACCAAGGUCCGCAACUACGACGACAUCAACGAGUUUUUUUGGAAGAAGGGCUGCCUCAAGAUUGCGAUCGACCAAGUCGCGCAGACGAUCCACAAGACGCACGGCAAGACCUUUUUCGAGCACCGAUCGAUCUUUACGCUCAUCCUCAACUACUACCGCAUCUUCCACUUCAACCUCAUGUUCCUCAUCGGGCUCGCGGUCAUCAACUACGUGGUCACGAUCUCGCCCAACGGCGGCAAGUCGGGCUUCGACCAGUUUAGCGCCAUGGGCAAGGUCGUCUCGCCCUACUCGACGCGCGAAGUCAAGAAGGUGGGCGUCGUUUUCAUUGGCUCCCACGCGAUUCUCAACGCGUUCAAGUGCUUCCUCGAGGUCGGCCACGGCUGGAACCUCCUCGUGGACCGUCGGUCGACGUCGGCGACCUCGUCCAAGUCGAUGACGUACGGCCUUGCGCUCACGCUGCGCUUGAUUUGGAACCUUGGCUUUGCGGGUCUCUUUGGUCUUAUGGCGGUCUCGGCCAUCCCGGCGGCGGGUGCGACGGACAUUCUCACCAACCUCUCGCUGGCCUCGCUCGUGUACGUGGCGCCCGGCGCGCUCAUUUUGAUCUCGCAGUCGAUCGCGCCGGGCCCGACGCGGACGCUGGGCUCGAAGUUCAUCCGCGAAGGCGACUCGUGCUACACGGGCCGGCACAUGGCGCCGCCGCUCUCGUACCGCCUCAAGUAUGGUCUCUUUUGGAUCAUUCUCUGGGUGGCCAAGACGGUUGUGUCGUACUGGGUGCUCAUCUCGCCGCUCAUGCUUGUGUCGCUGGCGAUCUACGAGAUGAAGCUCACGUACAACUCGCCGAUCUCGUCGUUCCACAACAUGGGCAUCAUCGUUGCGCUCUGGGCGCCGGUCGUUUUCAUCUUCAACUACGACACGCAGAUCUACUUCACGAUCUUGCAGGCGCUCAUCGGCUGGGUCAAGGGAGCGAUCAUGAAGGCUGGCGAGAUCCACGGUAUCGAGAACCUCUCCAAGGCGUUCCGCGUUGCGCCGCAGCUCUUCGACCAAAAGGUUGUGACGGUCCUCGCGCGCUCGACGGACGCGGCUGAGAUGGGCGACCAGGCCUCGCGUGGCAGCGUCAGCGCAGUCUACCAGUCGCAGAUGAUGCUCCGCUUUGUCGUUGUCUGGAACGAAAUCGUCAACUCGUUCCGCGAGGGCGACCUUGUCGACGACAAGGAGGCGGCCAUUCUGCAGUACGACAUUCAGAACACGGGCGAGGUUUUUGAGCCCGUCUUCCUCUCGGCCGGCAAGCUCGGCGAGGCCAUGACGUAUGCGAUGAAGCUCGGAAAGGGCGGUCGCGGCGACUCGGAGCUCCGCAUCCAGCUCGUCAAGAACGACUGCCUCUCGGCCGUCAAGUCGUUUUUCAACGCGUCGAUGUACGUGAUGGAGGCGCUCCUCGGCAACGACGACGUCGAGGUGCUCGAGGCCUUCCGCAUGAUGGAGCAGUGCGCUUGCGACGGCGCGUUUCUUCAGUCGUUUGACGUCGGCUCGCUUUUGCACGUGCGCACGAUGGCGAUCGACUUUUUGGAGGCGGUCCUCGACUUGCCCGACCCGGACACCCCGUCGCCGGUGCUGCCCGACACGGCCGUGCAUCCCAUGGGCAUCAUCCGCAACUUUGUGGCCAAGACGGAGAACCUCUUCAACGCGCUGCGCCAGUUUUGCCGCAACCAAGCGAUUGGUGGCAAGUUUGCCAACGUCAACUUUGUGCAGCCGGCCAACUCGUAUGUGUACGCGUCGCGGGGGCUGGUCAACCUCUUCCACAGCGACACGGCGAUGGGCGCAGCGACGCGCGCGUACCUUCUCAUGUCGCUCGACAAGCCGGACGCGAUGCCCAAGUGCGCCGAGGCCCAGCGCCGGCUCGGUUUCUUUAUGAAGUCGCUCUUGAUGGACAUUCCGCAGCUGCGCGCGAUCCGCGACAUGCGGUCGUUCUCGGUCGUGACGCCGUUUUACAGCGAGGGCGUCAUUUACUCGCUCGACGAGCUCAACAACCCGCUCGAGAACCACCCGAUCUUCAACAAGGGCGAGGAAGUCAAGAAGAACAUUUCGAUCCUCAAGUACCUCAUCACGAUCCACCCGGAAGAGUGGGAGAACUUUUUGGAGCGCAUUGACGUGUCGUCGGUCGAGGCGGCCAUCAAGCAAUUUCCGAUGGAGAUUCGGCUCUGGGCGUCGUACCGCGGCCAGACGCUCUCGCGUACCGUGCAGGGCAUGAUGCUCUACGAAGACGCGAUCAAGAUCCUCCACUGGCUCGAGAUUGGGUCGAGCGCGCACCGCACGCCCGAGCAAAAGCAGCAGCAGCUCGAAGACAUGGUCCGCCUCAAGUUUUCGUACAUCUGCGGUUGCCAAGUAUACGGCAAGCACCGCGCCGAGAACAAGCAGCAAGCCAACGACAUUGACUUCUUGCUGCAGACGUACCCCAACCUGCGCGUUGCGUACGUCGACACGAUCCCGACGAGCAACGGCAACCGCUUUGACACGGUGCUCAUCAAGGCCGAGCAAGACGAGAUUGUCGAGGUGUACCGCUACGAGCUGCCGGGCGACCCGAUCCUCGGCGAAGGCAAGCCCGAGAACCAGAACAACGCGCUGCAGUUUACGCGCGGCGAGUUUCUCCAGACGAUCGACAUGAACCAGCAGCACUACUUCGAAGAGUGCCUCAAGAUGCCGCAGCUGCUCGUAACGGCCGAUAUGCACCCGUCCAAGAAGCCGGUGAGUAUUAUCGGUAUGCGCGAGCACAUUUUUACGGGUAACGCGUCGUCGCUCUCCAAGUUCAAGUCGUGGCAGGAGCUCGUGUUUGUGACGCUCAGCCAGCGCGUGCUCGCCGACCCGCUCUACGUGCGCAUGCACUAUGGCCACCCCGAUAUCUUUGACAAGGUCAUGUGCCUCACGCGCGGCGGUGUCUCGAAGGCGUCCAAGGGCAUCAACUUGUCGGAAGACGUCUUUGCUGGCUUCAACACGACGCUGCGUGGCGGUGUCGUGACCCACGUCGAGUUCAUGCAGUGCGGCAAGGGUCGUGAUGUGGCCAUGUCGCAGAUCUCGAUGUUUGAAGGCAAGCUGGCCAACGGUGCCGGCGAGACGUCUCUGGCGCGCGAGGCGUACCGCAUGGGCGCCUUCAUGGACUUCUUCCGGCUCAACUCGAUGUACUACUCGCACACGGGCUUCUACUUUGCGACGUGGAUGACGAUCGUGACGUCGUUUGUGUACAUCUACUCGAAGGUCUACCUCGCGCUCUCGGGCGUCCAAGAGCAAAUCAUCGAGAAGAUGAACUCGACGUUCAUCAUCCGCAACAACUCGAUCUACGGCUUUGACGACCGCGCGUACUACGAUCUCGCCAACGUCAUGAACACGCAGUACUUCAUCCAGGCCGGUCUCUUCCUCACGCUGCCGCUCAUUUGCGUCUACUUUUCCGAAAUGGGUCUCUGGCGCGGCUUCCUCAAGUUUGUCAACAUGGUGCUCACGGGCGGCCCGGCCUUCUUUGUCUUCCAAGUCGGCACGACCAUGCACUACUUCGACUACAACAUCAUCCACGGUAACGCCAAGUACCAAGCGACGGGUCGUGGCUUCAAGAUUACGCGCGAGACGUUUGUGUUGCUCUACAAGGCGUACGCCAACUCGCACUACCGCAAGGCGUGGGAGCUCGUCGGGCUCUGUUUUGUGUACUGGGCGUACGGCGAGUUUACGCUCGGUAACCGCGACCAAGUGGCCGGCGACCCGACCAACAUGUUUGCCAACAAGUACAAGGACACGUCCCAGGCGUACGGCACGCAGACGUUUGCGAUCUGGUCGAUUUCGGUGCUCUGGCUCCUCUCGCCCUUCAUCUUCAACGCCGACGGUCUCGACUAUGAAAAGUCCAAGGCCGACAUUACCGCGUGGUGCAAGUGGAUGUUUAUGCAAGAGUCGGACACGGACAUUGACAAGGUGCACACGGGCGGCUGGAUCAGCUGGUGGAAGGGCGACCAGCAGCAGAUGCACGGGUCGGCCAUGAUUGCGCGCUUUACGGUCAUCAUUCGCGAGUCGCGCCACUUCUUGCUCAUGUGGUACGUCAUCACGCUCAAGCACGAGCCCGCCAAGAUUGCACUUGUCCUUGCGGCCGUCGGCGCGUCGCUCGUCCUUCUCGGUGUCGUCCACGGCGUUGGCAUGGGCAUGCGCGGCGCGUCGCCCGUGGCGCGUGCGGCCGUCUACUUUUUCCUCGUUGUCGCGCUCUCGACGGCCUACCUCGUGGUGGCGACGACCGUCCUCUUUGCCAAGGACAAGGACGGCAACGCGGACCCAGAGGCGUGGGAGAAGAGUCUAAGCAUUUUCUUUGGCUACAUUGCGGGCUUGUACGGCAUCAACGAGAUGUUCCGCGUCUUCAACUUCCAGGCCGGUGGCGUCGCGGGCAUUGUCGUUUUCCAGCAGCUCGCGUUCCUCUUCGACUUUGUCUUUGGCGCGUGCCUCCUCAUCCCGCUCAUGAUUUUGAGCUGCAUCCCGUUCAUGAAUGCGAUCCAGACGCGCAUGAUGUACAACGAAGGCUUCUCCAAGGUGCUCUCGGCGUCGUCGCAGCACGCGUUCUCGCUCGCAGCGGCCAUUGGUGGUGCGACGGGCUUUUCGUCGGGCUGGCUUUUGUACCUCCUCACGACGCUCGACAUGUCGCCGGGCUACAUCAGCUACCUCUCGACGUACAAGAUUGCAAUCUCGACGGGCUCGGGCUCGACGACCUACAUGGUGAUUGCCGCGAUGGUCGGUGGCUCGGUGCUCGCGGGUGCGUUUGGCUUCUUCCUCGGUCGCCGCAUGACGCUUGUGAUUGCCGGUCUCCUCUCGGGCUGCGGCUGCUUGGCGCUGAGCAUCAUUCCGUCGGUCUCGUCGGGCUCGGCCAAGCUCAUGCUCAUGCUCGGUGUCGUGCUCAUGGGCGUCGCGCUCGGCAUCCUCCUCCCGACGGUCACGUGCUACAUUUACGAGAUCUCGACGGCCGACAUGCGCGGCAAGACGAUGCUGCCGCUUGCGUUUACGUUUGUCGUCGGCACGGCGUUUGCGUCGUGGUACUCUGCGGGCGAGAUUGGCUGGGUCUGGCAAGCGUUUUGGUGCGCCGUCAUCCUUGCGAUCAUGACGCCGAUGAUGAACAUGUUUCCCGAGUCGCCGCAGUGGGUCCUCGAGCGCAAGGGCGUCGAAGAGUGCGAAGCGGCGCUUGGCAUUUUGCGUCAGAAGCCCGACAACGCCGACGAACUCCGCGAGAUGCGCGAAGAGAAGAAGGAAGCGUCGGAAGCGGCGGCCGGCGGUGGCAUGUACAAGUUUGUUGUCGCGUUGUUGCUCACGAUCAUUCUCUCGCUCUCGACCAACUCGCUCAACAUUUUCGUCGGCAAGACGUUCAACGGCUUUGCGGACAACAACCAUAUGUUCACCAACUGCGUCGUCAUUGAGGCGUUUGGCGUGCUCAUCAGCUUCUUCCUCAUUGAGAAGACGCCGCACAAGAACCUGCUGUCGUUUACGCUCCUCGCGGUCGCGCUCUUUGCUGGCUUUCUCGGUGCCGACGACAAGUUUGUCAUCAUCAAGCUCGACAAUGGCAACCGCAAGCUCAUUCUGAGCCUCGUCAUGUCGUUCCUCUACUUUUUCAAGGGUCUCGGCCUCACGUCGGUGCUCUGGGUCAACAUUGCGGGUCUCUUCCACACGAGCACGCGCUUCCUCGCUGUGCCGUUUCUGUACAUUGUGUUCUUCGGCCUCAACGCGGCGUCGCUCCAGCUGCGCCUCAACAAGCAGACCGAGACGGCGUACCUCUGGCUCUUUGCGCUCGCUGGCUGCUGCCUCCUCGCCGUCUUCUUUGUCAUUGUCGCGGGCUCGCGCGCGUCGAGCGGCCUCAUGUGCACCCGCGACGAGAUGCGCAAGGACAAGAAGCGCACCGAGCGCCGCCGCAGCUCGCGCCACUCGCGCACGCCCGGCAGCUUUGGCCGCGGCCGCCACUCGCGGUCACGCUCCAAGUCGAACGCCAACAGCUACCACCUCGUGCACUCGCCCGCCAACGGCGGCCAACACGUCUAAGCCAGUGCGUUUUUUGAUAUAACUCUUUUAUACACCUGCACAUUUGCCUCAA